AUGGCUCAAGGGGAACUUUACUGUCCGGGCGAAGUGGACGCGCUGUACCCAGACCGAAACAGGUCAGAAUCCACCAUUUGUUUGCCAUCACCAUCGCCGGCGAAGCGAGCUUCCACCUACUAUCCCAAGGCGGGACCCAAGGUUCUGGAGGAGUCCAACGCAGACCCCUUCUACCUCGAACACUCUUUGGCCACGACGCCAACCGGGAACGACUCGUAUACUCCGGCCAUUCGCGAUGAGAGAUAUAGUCAGGACAACAGCCAGUAUUAUACACUUUCCCUGACCAGCGGGAAAGAUUUCGCUCCUCCCCAGGGCAAAUAUAACGGUCCUAACCGGUCGACCAUCGCGCAAUUGGAACUGGAGAACGACUUGAGAUUUCACCACUACACCUCCUCUACAGAAGAACCCAGACAACUCCACAGCAGCCAGGGCUCUUUCAGCUCGGUGGCUACUGAAAGCACCACACCGGACUUGACUCCGAGCAGCUCUUUCUCAUCCACCUACUCCUCUCCCGCUUGCCCCGAGGCUGUGCUGAGAGCAACCGAGAAGUUGUACCGACACGCCCAACAGGCUCAGGAACCUCGACGCUUUUAUCUCCCUCCAACAACACCUCCCAAACACUGCCUUCCUCCACCGCCUCCUGUGCCCUCAUUUCCCAAGACCAAGAGUCGCCCUACUACUCCUAUCUCCGAUUCCAGCUCUACAACGUUCACAAUGAAGUACGAGACUUCCAGCAUGUCUUCGUCUUCCCGCAGGAACAAACCUCAUCCUACACUGCCCAAUCUAUCUCGUGGCACAAGCUCGCAAAGUGUACGGAGAAAGCAAUAUAGCCCCGGGACAAGACCUCCACUUGACCCAUCCAUGAUCUCGCCGCCGUGCUUGAUAAAUCCGGUCACCAUGGAGCCGCAUGCCACACAUUUUGACCAGGCUCUUUUCAUCCCUGCCAAUGAAAUCCCCAGCCCUUUGCCUAGCCCUGGUGCCAGCUCUCCUCCUAUUUCUCGCCAGUGGACUGCCACGUCUAUGGAGCGUCCCUCCAUGUCGACCAUGGAUGCUCACUGCGAACAAUCGGUCUGGGAGUCAGACUCGGAUAACGAGUCCAUUGGACACAAGUCUCUUUCCCGCAGACCAAUUGAUACCUUGCGCAAGGUGCGAAGCAGAGCUAAGCUCCGUGGCGCCAAGUCACAACCCAAGCUCCACCAAGCAAUGCUUGACGAUCAGCUCCCGGAGAAGUUCCCCUGCAUGCCCGACGACGCUGUUGGCGAGCCUGUUCCGGAGCCUUUCCGAGGCAUGAGUUUCGAACGACCCAUCACCAGCCGCGAUGGUCUACGUCCUUCCCACCCCCUCCACACUCUCCGCCUUGUGGCUCCCUCUACUACCUCUCUGAUGAAACCUCGCUCUCCAAAAACCAGCAGCCGUGGAUCCAGCACUCGCGACUCUGAUAUCGAUCGGUCAGCCGCAGCAGCCUUCCAAGCUCAAUCAAGACGUCGCCAGCGCUCUGACAGUCCCGAGUACGUCAAGUCAGACAAGGAAAAGUUUACAUCAAUGUGCUACGAGCAACAAUCCCGUGCCAUCAUCAACGAAUCCACCGAGCAACGUCCCUUUUUCCGCCGUAUGCUCGAUUCCCUCCGCUCCUUGAACUGCCACAAAACCACCAAAAACGUGGAUGUACUCUGA